AUGGCUGUCAACCCCUUCGGGUUCACGACCGGUCCGGUCACCUUUUGGCUGAUCGUCGUCUACGCGGCCUUCCUGAUUCCGAUCGUGUGGAUCCACGAGACGGUCCCGUCGGUCGGCAAGACGCCCGAGGGACUGAACGUCACCGAGGCGUGGCACGAUCUGACGGCCAUCACGAAGCGAUACCACCCCUACAACAGCCGCGCAAACGAGGACGUCGGCAAGUACCUGCUGACGAGGAUCGAGGAGACUCUGCGUCGGAAUGGAGUCGAGUGGACGCGCGAAAAGGUUCCUGGUGGCAUUGUGCGGGAGACGCAACAACCCUGGUUGACAACCUCGAGAGACGAUGUCAAGAGAGCCUCGGAAGGUCCCCUCGUCACCAUCUUUGACGACAAGAUUUCAAAUGUUUCGUACGCUACUGGUGCCGGCCAAGGCACCGGUGUCUACUUCGAGGCUACGAACCAGCUUGUCUACAUUCGAGGCACUGAGGAUGAGGACGGCGAGUGGUGGAAGAACGACGAGGGCCGCGCAAUUGGCAAGGGUGGAGUUCUUGUCAAUGCCCACUACGACAGCGUCUCUACUGGUUAUGGUGCGACCGACGACGGCAUGGGUUGUGUGAGCGUUCUCCAGAUGCUCAACUACUACACAAUAAAAGGCAACCAGCCCAAACGCGGGGUUGUGCUGCUCCUCAACAACGGCGAAGAAGACGGUCUAUUCGGAGCAAAGGCUUACCUUUACAGCCCUCUCUACCACUUCACCACUACAUUCGUCAAUCUCGAGGGCGCCGGCGCCGGCGGGCGAGCUAUCCUGUUCCGGGCAUCUGACUUGGAGACUGUCAGGGCCUACGAGCAUGUCCGCCGUCCGUUCGGAUCUGUCGUUGCCGCCGAUGGUUUCAACUUGGGCUUCAUCAGGAGCGACACCGACUACUCCGUCUGGACCAAGAAUUUCGGUCAGCGGGGUCUCGAUAUCGCCUUUUACCGCCCGCGCGCACGCUACCACACAAACCAGGACGAUGCCCGCCAUGCGUCCCAAGAGAGUUUGUGGCAUAUGCUGUCCAAUUCGUUUGGCGCAGUCGACACUCUUCAAAAGGAUACCACUACCUUCGGGGGCAGUCCUCCAAACGACGACAAGAGGAAAGUGUCGAGCGGCCCUGGCACCGACGGUGUGUGGUUUGACAUGUUCGGACGAGGUUUCGCCGCCCUGGCACUUCGAGGUCUUUUUGCAUGGGCGUUGACUCUGCUCAUCGUGACACCGCUGGUUCUUUUCCUGGUGACGUACCUUCUCGUCAGGAACGACAAAUAUUACUUCUUCUCUGGCAAGGUCAAGUUCGAUGACGAUGAAGACGUCGCCAUCGGGGGCUGGAAGGGCUUCUUCCGGUUUCCUUUUGCCUUCAUCGUUUCAGCUGGAUUGACAAUUGCCGCUGCUCUUCUCAUUAACAAAGUCAACCCUCAAAUCAGCCACAGUAGUGACUUCGUAGUGUGGGCGACGUUUCUGUCUCUAUUUUUCGCCAGCUUCUGGACCAUCUCCAAAGGCGCAAGCUCUGUCAGACCAAGCGCUCUUCAACGAGGAUACGCCCACAUAUGGCUUUUCAUCAUCAGCUGGACUGUUCUGGUUGUUGUUACGGUCUCCGUGGACAGAAUGAAAAUCGCCUCAGGCUAUUUAUUCGCCUUCCUCCACUCUGCUGUCUUCGUCGCGACACUCAUCAGUCUCCUGGAUCUGUUCGCACUCCCGAGCAAGCAAGAAUAUGCCCGAACUGUGCACCACGACCAGCAGGCCAGAGACGACCUUGCCGAGGUCCCCAAUUCCGAUGCGCUGAUUUCCUCUGGCCCGAAUGAAGGUGCGGCCCGCGCAAAUGGAGAGGAACAGUCCGGAGAGCCAACGGAGACUACUGCUCUGUUGGGCGGCGAGAACGGAAACCAUGGAACGAUUCGAACGACCUUUACUUCUGGGUACCGACGAUCUCUUUCGGCCAUCAUGAACAACCAGGAUGGCAAGGAAGCUGACGACGAAACCAAACUUCACGACCAAGAGCAGCCGUGGUCUAAGAAAUUGCCCUCAUGGACUUGGUUCCUCCAGCUUCUGGUGCUGGCCCCUAUCACGCUGAUCGUUUUUGGCCAGGUUGGCGUCACGCUGGCGGCGGCCAUUCGAUCAGUAAGCGCAGAUGGUAUGGACUCGAUGACUGUUUACCUGAUGCUGGCUGUUUUCAGCAUCUUGGUCCUCUUGCCAGUCACUCCCUUCAUCCAUCGCGUUACCUUCUACCUGCCUUUGUUCUUGAUUAUCGUCUGUGUCAUCACCCUCAUCUACAACUUGGUUGCGUUCCCCUUCUCCGCCAAUAAUCGACUCAAGGUCAGGUUCCUUCAAAAGGUCGACUUGCAAGACGGGUCAACAGAUGUGACCAUCUUUGGUGUCGAAAAAUACGUUCGCAAGGUCAUUGACGAGCUUCCAUCCGCUGCGGGUCAAACUCCCCAGUGCCAAAAGGGGGCGUCCCUUCAGCUCUCGGCAUGCACGUUCGACGGGGCUGCGGUACCGCCCAAGCUCACGGGCAGUCUCUUCAACGAUUUCUCCAAGGACAAGUACGCCGACCUCGUGACGGUCAAUGUUAGCCGCUCGAACUCGAAGUACAAGGCUAGACUGGACAUUGACGCCAAAGACACGAAGCAUUGCACCCUCAUCUUUCCUAACGACCAGAUAACCCAGUUUUCGGUGCAUGGAAAUCCUGGCAUUGAGCCUCUGUUGGGACGGAUGCCAAAUGCUGGAGUAGGGGUGAUUUCACUUUGGCGAAGAGAGUGGUCAAAGCCGUGGACUGUGGACAUCGAGUGGGAUGGAUCCAAGGACUCGUCUUCUUCGUCCUCUGACACAUCCUCACCCGCGGCUUCAGCUGUCACUGGAACCAGUGAAGAGCUCCGAGUUCGCGAGACCGCAGCGCAGGGGCCUGCUGGUAGAAUUGUCUGCGAUUGGAGCGAUGCCAACGUUUUGGGCGCCAUUCCGGCACUUGACGAAGUGUUGCAGUACGCCCCGGACUGGGUUGCUGUUACGAAGAUGGAUGUUGGGCUCGUCCAAGGCAGACAGGAGUUUGUCAUCUGA